AUGGAGGAAAUGGGAACAACCAUGCGGUUGUAUUUGAACAUCGCUAUGCACGAGCGGGACGAAAAGGAUCAAUGCAGUGCAUUCCUCUACACAAUCGGGCAAGAUGGGCGUGAAAUUUACAACACGAUAACAAUUUCGAAUAACGACAAGGACAAAAUAGAACCUUUGUUCACGAAGUUCAAGGAAUACUGUGCACCCCGGGAAAACAUAACGGUUUGGAGACACAGAUUCCACACACGGCAACAAGGUAAAACAGAGACAAUAGAUCAGUAUGUUACAGAUUUACGUGUGAUAGCUAAAAACUGUAAAUUUGGAGCCUUAGAAGAGGAUAUGUUGCGCGAUCGAAUUGUUUGUGGUGUUAACUCGGAGAGAGUGAAAGAGAGGCUACUUCGGGACAACAAAUUGACACUGGAGAGUGCAUUGAGCGUGUGCAGAGCCAGUGAGGAAUCGGCAAUACACCUCAGUGAUUUGCACAGUGAAGAAGCGACUGCAGCCGCAGUGUUCAAGAAAUCAUCAAAGGACAGAGAGUAUCGCAAGCAACAGGUAAACAGAAAUGACAGAAAGAAGCACAGUGUAAAACCGACAAACUCCCGAGAACAGAAAAGCAAAGUCAAAGCAUGCGGAAAGUGUGGAACUAGUCAUGACGUGGGUAAGUGUCCAGCGCAUGGGAAGAACUGUUUAAAAUGCAACAAGCCCAAUCACUUUGCCAAAAUGUGCAGAACUAAAAACGUAAACAUUGUGGAGCACAAUGAAGUGACUACCGAUGAAUUCUUCAUAAACGCAGUGAAUAGCAACACAAGUACCGUUACCAAGGAUGAGGCAUAUGUGAAUCUCGUGUUCAACAAAAUGACUGUAAGAAUGAAGAUUGACACAGGGUCGCAAGUUAACAUAAUUCCCAGAGACAUCUUGAGCAAACUGUCAGUGAAAAAACAAAUUGUAAACACUUCAGUGACAUUAAAGUGUUACAUGGGCAACCACAUACCGAUCAUAGGGAAGUGUUUUCUGAGGUACAAGAAUCACGAUUUGGAAUUCUUUGUGACAAAAACAGACACUACUCCACUACUCGGACUGAAAUCAUGUGUAGACCUCGGAUUGGUUAAACUCACUAUGAUGACUCAGAAAGAAGAUAAAACAGAUCUGGUCAACCAAUUCUCAUCAGUGUUCCAAGGUUUGGGAUGUCUACGGGACCCUUACCACAUACAGCUAAACUCUACUGUGCAACCAGUUGUGCACCCACCUCGAACAUUUCCAGCAGCACUACGAAAUGAAUUAAAAGCUUCAUUGGAUGAAAUGGAGUCACAAGGCGUAAUUGGAAAAGUAGACGAACCAACGGAAUGGGUCAACUCUAUUGUUUGUGUGGAAAAAUCCAAUGGCAAAUUAAGGAUAUGUCUGGACCCACGGGAUCUCAACAAAGCGAUCAAGCGAGAGUAUUACCAAUUACCCACAAUUGAGGAAAUCACCACUCGAUUAGCAGGAGCUAGAGUCUUCAGUAAACUGGACGCCAACAUUGGCUAUUGGCAGAUACCACUUGACCCACAGAGCCAAAAACUUACAACAUUUAACACACCUUUCGGACGUUACUGUUUUCGAAGGAUGCCAUUUGGAAUCAAAAGUGCACAGGAACUCUUCCAGAAACGAAUCUCACAACAUUUCUGUCACAUUCCAGGAGUAGAAGUGGACAUUGAUCAUGACAUAUUAGUUGAGCAUCACUGA